CACACACACACACUCCAGCCCCGGGGAACUAUCCAGAUCGAGCACCGAGCAGAACCGGCGGCGGAGAAACACACGCACACACACACACACACAGGCGCGCGCCGGGGAAUCAUGCGGGCUCCUGCGCUCCGGCUGCUGGGACUCGUGUGGCACAUCUCCGCGCUUUUACGCAGCGCACACACCUACAAACUCCACCACAAACAAGAGAGCUUCAUCCGGCAGCUGUCGGCGUAUGAGAUCAUCACUCCGGUGCGCUUGAAUGAUUUCGGGGACUCGUUUCCGCAGCGGCUGCAUUACCGGCGGAGGAGGCGCAGCGCAGAGGCAGAUCCCUCCGCCUCCAGAGCUCAUUACCGCAUUGAAGCCUUCGGUCAGGCCUUUUACCUCAACCUCACAGCAGACUCUGGGUUUAUGGCUCCGUCCUACAGUGUUGUCCAUCUGGGAGAGCAGGAGAAUCGUGGAGAUAAUGCAGAUCUGCGCCAUUGCUUCUUUAGAGGACACGUAAAUGCCCGCAGGGAGCAUCAUGCUGUCUUCAGCCUCUGCACUGGACUGAUCGGCACGUUCACCACACACAGCGGUCAGUUCUUCCUGGAGCCGCUGCUGAGCAGUGAUGGAGAAGAGGUUGAGGAAGAGCACAACAAACCUCACCUGGUGUACAGACACCACACACAACACACAGAGCAGUGCCACACCGCAGAUGCAGUGUUCAGUGGUGACAUCCAUCUGUCCGCUAACAGCAGUCUGCAUGAGCACGUGUCAUCGCUGCACACACACUCCUCUGGCUCCACACAAACACACUCGUCCAGACGCAAGCGCUUUCUGUCGUACCCGCGAUUCGUGGAGCUGAUGGUGACGGCCGAUGUGAAGAUGCUGAAACACCACGGAGCAAACCUGGAGCACUACAUCCUCACUAUCAUGUCAGUAGUGGCUUCGAUUUACAGAGACCCGAGUGUGGGAAACCUGAUCAACAUCGUAAUCGUCAAACUCAUCGUCAUCCAUAAUGAACAGGAAGGGCCGAGUGUAAGUCUGCUGGCCACAUCGACUCUUCAUAACUUCUGCGUGUGGCAGCAGAGCCAGAACUCAGCAGACGACAGCGACCCAACGCACCACGACACCGCGCUGCUCAUCACCAGGGAGGACAUUUGCAGAGCCAAAGACAAGUGCGACACACUCGGUCUGGCGGAGCUGGGCACCAUGUGUGACCCGUACAGGAGUUGCUCCAUCAGUGAGGAGAACGGUCUGAGCGCCUCCUUCACCAUCGCUCACGAGCUCGGACACGUGUUCAACAUGCCUCAUGAUGACAGCCCCAAGUGUCGAGAAGCUGGAAUCAAACACCAGUAUCACGUCAUGGCUCCGACGCUCAACUAUGACACCAGCCCCUGGUCCUGGUCCAAAUGCAGCCGCAAAUACAUCACCGAGUUCCUGGACACUGGUUAUGGUGAAUGUCUCCUAGAUGAGCCCUCAGGGAGGACGUAUAACCUUCCUGACCAGCUCCCAGGUCAACUCUACAAUGCCAACCGGCAGUGUGAACUCAUGUUCGGCCCUGGAUCACAAGUCUGUCCGUUUAUGAAACAGUGCAAGCGUCUGUGGUGCACCAGUGCUGAAGGCGACCAUAAAGGAUGCCGAACGCAACACAUGCCGCUCGCCGAUGGGACUGAUUGCGGAUAUGGCAUGUACUGCAAGCAUGGCAUGUGUGUGAAUAAACAGCAGGACCUGAAGCCGGUGGAUGGUGAGUGGGGCCCCUGGGGGCCGUACAGCCUCUGCUCCAGAACCUGUGGAGGAGGAACACGCAGCAGCAGCAGAGACUGCAACAAACCUGAGCCGAGGAGCGGCGGGCGCUUCUGUGUGGGUCGCAGGAUGAAGUUUCGCUCCUGCAACACAGAUGCGUGUCCUCGAGGACAGAGAGACUUCAGGGAGGAGCAGUGCUCACAGUUCAACAACAGACACUUCAACAUCAACGGCCUGCCUGCGUCUGUGCGCUGGAUACCCAAAUACAGUGGCAUUCUGAUGAAGGACCGCUGUAAGCUCUUCUGUCGAGCCGUGGGGACGAUGGCGUAUUAUCAGCUGAGGGAUCGUGUUGUGGACGGGACACCGUGUGGACCAGACACUUACGACAUCUGUGUGCAGGGACUCUGCAGGCAAGCAGGCUGUGACCACGUUCUGAACUCGAAGGCCAGAAAUGAUAAGUGUGGUGUUUGUGGAGGAGACAAUUCAUCCUGUAAGACGCUCUCCGGCACUUUCAACAACGCACAAUACGGUUAUAAUGUUGUGGUUAGAAUACCUGCGGGUGCGACCAACAUCGACAUAAAGCAGGUCAGCUACUCAGGAUUACCAGAAGACGACAACUACCUCGCUCUGUCUGACAGUCAGUCGAACUUCCUCCUGAACGGGAACUUUGUAGUGUCCAUGUUUAAAAGGGAAAUCAGCUUUAAGGGAGCAGAGAUCGAGUACAGCGGCUCCAACACUACUGUGGAGCGAAUCAACUGUACACAGCGCAUCGAGGAGGAGCUGGUGCUGCAGGUUCUGUGUGUAGGAAACCUGUAUAAUCCAGAUGUCAGAUAUUCCUUCAGUAUUCCCAUUGAGGAGCAGCGGGAGCAGUUUAUAUGGGAUCCGUCAGGGCCCUGGCAGGAGUGCAGUCGCAUGUGUCAAGGUGAGCGGCGGCGUAAGGCUGUGUGUGUUCGUAAGAGUGAUCACCUGGUGGUUUCGGAGCAGAGGUGUGAAUAUCUGCCUCGACCCAGAGGAACCAUGGAGCCCUGCAAUACUGACUGUGAACUCCGAUGGCAUGUGGCUGGCAGAAGCGAGUGCUCCAGUAAGUGUGGUCCGGGUUUCCGUACGCUAGACGUGUUGUGUCUGCGCUACAGUCUGAAUAAGAGACAGAGUGACCGCGUGGAGAGCAGAUCCUGUGCAGAACUCAACAAACCGCAGAGCAGAGAGGGAUGCCAUGGAGACUGUCUGCAGAAGAGCUGGCAGUACAGCAGCUGGACUCAGUGCUCGAAGACCUGUGGCCGUGGCGUGCGCACACGGCAGGCGUUCUGCAUGAAUAAUCUGGGUCGUCGGCUGGUGGAGCGCGAGUGUGAUACACAGCAGAAAGUCCUGAGCGAACCCUGCAGUGAUGUACCCUGCCCCGACUGGACCGCCAGCACGUGGAGCGAGUGUCUGGUGACGUGUGGUAAGGGUGUGCGACACCGACAGGUGCAGUGCAUUCUGGGAGAUGAGCGUCUGAGCGAGCAGCGCUGCAACCCCGACACCAAACCCUCAGCGGUGGGCAGCUGUACACUCCCCGAAUGUGCUGCCUGGCAGACCGGAGUCUGGAGCCCGUGUACGGUGAGCUGCGGUGCGGGGUAUCAGAUGCGUGCGGUGAGGUGUGUGUCAGGAGCUUACGGAGAAACACUGGAGGACAGAGAGUGUAACGCUGCUGCCAGACCCCGAGACACACAGGACUGUGAGUUGUCGGUUUGUCCUCAUGUGGCAUCAGUCUUCAACACACCCAGACCUGCAGAAGCGUCUCAGCGACACACACAGUGGAGAUUCGGCUCAUGGACCACUUGUUCAGUGUCGUGUGGUGAGGGCCGUCAGCAGCGGUAUGUCAGCUGUAGAGAUGCUCAGGGUGCUGUAGCGGAGGAAUCGUUCUGUGCGGAUCUUCCUCGUCCUCCAGAGUCUUCCGUGUGUUUCAGUCCCUGCGGUCAGUGGAGGGAAGGAGAGUGGACACCCUGUUCAGUAUCCUGUGGUGUGGGUCGCACCUCUCGGCGGGUGGUCUGCAUGAAUUAUCUCCAUCAGCUGGAUGAGUCCUUCUGUGCCCCAGACGAGCGCCCGCUGGCAGAGCAGGAGUGUGUCGGCGCCCCCUGUCAGUCCUCCUACCACUGGCCCAACAACCAACCCAGCAACCAGCCCAACAAUCAACCCAGCAACCAGCCCAACAAUCAACCCAUCAACCAGCCCAUUGACCCAUAUGUCCCCUAUGACCCCGCAGGACACCCGGGACACCACAGCUGGAACGUCCCCUCAGCGAACCACCAGUGGAGGACCGGGCCCUGGGGAGCCUGCUCCAGCACAUGUGCGCACGGGCUCCAGCGGCGGGUGGUGGUCUGUCAGGACUCUGAGGGCCGCAGUACAGGACACUGUGAUGAUCGAGUGAAGCCUGACCAGACCAAGAGCUGCGACUCCGGGCCCUGUCCACACUGGAACUACGGCAUCUGGGGAGAGUGUACGGUGUCGUGUGGUGGUGGUCAGCGCACACGUCUGGUGGUGUGUCAGCAGGCGAGCGGUCAGAGGCUCAGUGAACACAGCUGUGAUGCUCUGCAGCGGCCGCUGGAUCUGGAGCUCUGCAACACACACUCCUGCUCUGGCUCCGCACAGUGGCACACACACUCCUGGAGGACGUGUUCGGUGUCGUGUGGGACAGGUCAGAAGCUGCGUCAGGUGGUGUGUGUGGACCAGAAUCACACACAGAUCGAUGAGCGCCGCUGUGUUCACCUCAGCAAACCUUCAACACACAAGACCUGCAGAGCUGGAGCCUGUGCACGCUGGAGAGCCACACGCUGGACACAAUGUUCGUCGAGCUGCGGCGCCGGCGUUCAGACGCGUCGGGUCUUCUGCAGGUCAAAGGGCAAAGGUCGCGUCAGUGAUGACCUCUGUGACCCUCAAGUGCGACCCGUCCACAUCCAGACCUGCUUCACCACAGCCUGCCAAACACACACACACCGCUGGAGGACACUGGAGUGGACAGAGUGCAGUGUGUCCUGCAGCAGUGGUGUGAGGUCCAGGGCCGUGGUGUGUGUUGAUGAAGAGCUGAGUGUGUGUUCUGAUCAGCUGUGUGACUCCUCUGCUAAACCACACACACUCGAGCCGUGUCACAGCGCCACCUGUCAGCCCGUCUGGGUCACUGCAGCCUGGAGCCCGUGUUCUCAGUCGUGUGGUGCAGGAGUGAUGCAGAGGAGCGUUCGCUGUCUGACUGCUGAAAACACACCGUCUGAGAGCUGCUCGCCACACACACGCCCGCAGACACACACCACCUGCAGACUGACUGACUGCGAGCUGCACGCGAGCUGUAGAGAGCUCCAGAUGAAGGACGGCGUCAGGAAAGAUGGAGAACAUCAUCUUAAAGUCCAGUCGAAGAUCCUGCAGGUUUACUGCGCAGACAUGCAGAGCAGCUCCCCUAAAGAGUACGUGACGCUCCGCAGCGGACAGAACGACAACUACUCUGAGGUGUACGGAUACAGAAACCCUUUCGAGUGCCCGUAUAACGGCAGUCGGCGGCAGGAUUGUGCCUGUAGAAAUGAUUACGCCGCGGCCGGUUACACCGUUUUCCAGCGCGUGCGGCUCGAUCUGUCCAUGAUGCGCAUAAUCACGACUGAUGUGAAGUUCAGUCAGACUGUGUUUGGUCGCUCCGUCCCGUUCGCAUCUGCAGGAGACUGUUACAGUGCUGCGAAAUGUCCUCAGGGUCAGUUUAGUAUUAAUCUUAGAGGAACCGGACUGAAGGUUUCUGAAUCCAGCAAAUGGGUUUCACAGGGAAACUACGUCACAGUCAAAGUUCACCGCUCAGAGGAUGGCAGCAGGAUCUACGGCCGCUGCGGUGGAUUCUGUGGGAAGUGUCUUCCUCAUCCUCAUACAGGCCUCUUUGUGGAGAUUCAGUGAGGAAAAAAGAGAGUAAAAAUCAACAUUUCUCUUUAACAUCUGGCAGCUACGGUAAGAGAUCAGAACUUUCAGAAGAAUCCAACUUAUGCACUUUUCAUCAUUCAUAAAAAAAUAACAAGAAGAACCAAAAAACGCUUCUUGAAGAUGGAUCAGGAUGCAGAAUGGAUUUGUUUUUCGUGGAAAUGCAGCUGAAAUAAUCAUAAUUCAUUGAGAGUUUGACUGAACAGUCUUGAAAUGGCCUGAAAAUGAAAAUGAUCUCCAUCAAGACUCUGUCCUGAAGUCUUCAGAAUCAAACUGUGCUCAUUUGCCUGCAAAAAAAAACAAUAUUUAUUUUCAUUUUUGGUUGUUUCAAAAGAUAAAUACCAUAAAGGGAUUCCUUUAAGCAUUUCACAAUCCAAAAUAUGUGCAUUUUGUCCAGAUGCACAUGAACUACUGGGUGUAAAACGAAAGAGCAGGUCAUCUGGUGUUUUAAAGAGUCCCUAAAUGCAUCUCAGAAGGUCAGAAAACAUUGUCAUUAUCUCAGAUUAUGCAUUUGAGAAUCGAAUCAUCCUGCAGAGAAUUCAAAACAACUCAUUUGAAUCAAUUCAAGUGUCUUCAAGGGUCUGUAAGCCCCUCCCCAUUUAAUAAACCAACUCUGCUCUUAUUGGUCAACAGAGCCAAGCCUUUUUUGAUUGGUCUUGCUGUAUCUAGUAUGUCAGGCAGGUGAGGAUUAUGCAGAUGAGUUGCUCUGAAUGGUGGCAGGCAAAAGAUUUAAAACUAUAACAUCUCAUCAAAGUGAUUCAGAGUCGACUCUUUGUUUUGAGAGUCAAUAGACACUUUUUUGAUGGUCAACAUUGCAGACUGUUUUCAUUUCAGAUAUUUUUUUCUAAAUGCAUCUCAGAAGGUCAGAAAACAUUGUCAUUUUCUCAGAAUAUGCAUUAAAUAUUUGAAUCAUUCUGCAGUGAAUUUGAUACGAUUCAUUUGAAUCAAUUCAGGGCUGGAUUCAGGUCUGUAAGCCCCUCCUCCUUCCAUAAGCCAACUCUACUCUAAUCGGUCAGCAGAGGCAAGCCUAAUUUCAUUGGUCUUGCUGUAUCUAGUAUAUCAUGGAGGCGGGGAUUAUGCAAAUGUAUUGCUCUGAUUGGUAGCCGGCAAAAGAUUCAAAACUGUAACAUCUCAUCAAAGUGAUUCAGAGUUGACUCUGUGGUUUGAGAGUCAAUAAACACCUUUUUUGAUGAUCAACUUUACAGAUUGUUUCAUUUAAGAUAUUUGUUUCUAAAUGCAUCUCUAAGGUCAGAAAACAAUUGAAUUUUCUCAGAAUAAGAGUUAAAUAUUUGAAUCAUUCUGCAGCGAUUUCUAAACGAUUCAUUCAGGACUUCAGCUCUGUUCAGCUCUCAUCCUUCCAUAUGACAACUCUGCUCUGAUUGGUCAGCAGAACCAACCUUAUUUUGAUUAGCCUCUCUAUAUCUAGUAUGCCAGUGAGGCGUGGAUUAUGCAAAUUAGUUACUCUGAAGAGUCAAAAAUAUAAUGACUCAUUAAAAUGAUUCAGAGUCGACUGUUUGUUUUGAGAGUCAAUAUCUUUUUUAUCAGACUCUUUACAUUGUUUUGCUCUAAAACCCACAUGAUCUGCUCUUUUACACAUAUCAAGUUAUUUUUUAUGGUGUAUGAAUCAAAAAUCCAGACGACAGCAUAAACAGCUUGAUGUAAGAAUAAUAUAAAUAAGUGAAUGUUCUGUAUAUAUAAAAGUUUAACCUCAAAAUAUCCUGACAAUCUGUGUCGAAAACACUGAAAUCUCAAACCGUCCUAAAACUAGUACUUGUUUUAUUGUUAUAAAUGAUAUUAAAAUAACUCUUGAGAUCAGAUCUGGUGUAUGAAUACGCAUAUUAACCUGAUUAAAAACAGAAAAAUGUGAAUUAUUAUUAUUAAACCACUAAAUCAGCCAUUUAAUCUGGAUUAGUUGAUUAAAUGCAUUAUUAACCUCCCAAAAUUCAGCUGAAAAUGCAAUAGUUUGAUGUUAUUAAAUGACUUUACGUACCGUUUACAUUGACGAUGGUGUUAAUUAAGUUUUAUUAGAAGGGAAUAUUAAAGUAGAUGGCGUUACGCAUCAUAACCCUACCUCUCAUACUCAUAACCGUGUGAUUGUUGUAUAUUAUUUAUAUGUUUGACAGUAUUUAUUCUGUAAUUAGAUGUACAUAUAUGUUAUAUUGUUAUGCAGGAAGAUUGUAUUAUGAAUUAUUGAUUAUUGAUUAGUCAUUAACUCGGUUUACAGGAUAUUAUGGUGCUGUUUUUACUACUGAAAUGAUGCCGGAGUGUGUCUGAGAUAUAUGUGAACACGGACACACCCACGAGAGAUUCUUAAACAUAUGAGUGUAUUCAGUUUAGAGUAAAUAAUGGAUCUGUUCUGAUUCAUGGAGGCUCGAUUCUGACAUGAGGAAAUAAACGAUUCAUGUGACUUUUAUCUCACAAUUCAGCUUUUUUUACUCUCUGUACAUCUUGCUAUUUUGAGUUAUUUUUCAUUUAAUUUAAUUACACUUUUUGUUUUAUAUAAUUUG